CGGUGUGUUGUGGACUCGUGGUGCUGGCUGCCGCUGUUGAGGCGGCCGGGAACGGGCGGUGGGGAGCGGGCGGAGCUGGCCCUGCCUCUGCCUGGCCGGCGCCGCAGUCGGCGCGGGCCGCGCCCGCCGCCGUAAACUGUCCUGAGCUUCUGCUCAGGCCGAGGGAGACGUCGGGGCCUGCACCUGGAGGGAGCCUGCCGCGCUGGCCCCGAGGAGGGGGCGUUGCCAUGGCGACAGCCUCUCCCGCUGCUGACGGGGGGCGGGGGCGGCCCUGGGAAGGAGGGCUGGUCUCCUGGCCCCCUGCUCCUCCGCUUACAAUCCCUUGGACUUGGAUGGGCCCAAGUUGGGGGCAACAUCCCGGGCAUUGGGGCUUUCCAGCUCUCACUGAACCUUCAGCAUCCCCAGCGGCCAGUCUUGGCAUCUUCGAAGUAAGGAGAGUUUUAGAUGCUUCUGGAUGUUCAAUGCUAGCACCUUUACAGACUGGAGCAGCUCGAUUUUCUUCAUAUUUGCUUUCAAGAGCAAGAAAAGUGCUGGGCUCUCACUUGUUUUCUCCUUGUGGUGUUCCGGAGUUCUGCUCCAUAUCCACCAGAAAGCUGGCGGCCCACAGCUUUGGCGCAUCCAUGGCGGCAAUGAUGUCCUUCCCUCCCCAGAGGUAUCACUACUUUUUAGUGCUGGACUUUGAGGCCACGUGUGACAAGCCACAGAUUCAUCCUCAGGAAAUCAUCGAGUUCCCCAUCCUGAAGCUAAAUGGCCGGACCAUGGAGAUUGAGUCUACCUUUCACAUGUAUGUCCAGCCCGUAGUCCAUCCACAGCUUACUCCCUUCUGUACAGAGCUCACCGGGAUUAUUCAAGCCAUGGUGGAUGGUCAGCCAAGCCUGCAGCAAGUGCUGGAGAGGGUCGAUGAGUGGAUGGCGAAGGAAGGCCUCUUAGAUCCAAACGUCAAGUCAAUUUUUGUCACCUGUGGAGACUGGGACUUAAAAGUCAUGCUCCCAGGACAGUGCCAGUACUUGGGCUUGCCAGUAGCAGAUUACUUCAAGCAGUGGAUUAACCUGAAAAAGGCUUACAGCUUCGCCAUGGGCUGCUGGCCCAAGAAUGGACUUCUAGACAUGAACAAGGGCCUCAGCCUGCAACACAUAGGCCGGCCCCACAGCGGCAUUGGUCAGUCCCUCCACACAUCCCCCUGGCAGCUUGAUGACUGCAAGAACAUUGCCAACAUCAUGAAGACACUCGCGUAUCGAGGCUUCAUCUUCAAGCAGACGUCAAAGCCGUUCUGACUGGCCGAGGAUGGGAUGGGGCAGGACAGGGUAGCUGCUUGGCCCAGCCCAGAACCUUCCUCUCCCUCACCAGAGGGGCAAAGGGAGAGUGGCACAGCUCUGCAUCCAGAGUGUCCCCCAGCCCGCCCUGUGGGCUUCUGCCCUGGGUAAGGCCUGGCCACUUGGCCCCUCUGGAACAGACACUUUGUGCCCCCUACCCCCACCUCUCAACCUCAGCCCAGGAUCAGCCCCUCCCACUGUGGGCCUGGGCUGGGGGACCUCCUCCUCACCGCCUCCUCCCAAUACACAGGCUUCUGCUGGGGCCACCAAGCCCCCCUGUGCCCCCUCCCAUCUGUAGUGCAUGGUGUGUGGUGCCCCCAGGGCUCCAGGACAGAUCAGGCCCCACCUCGUGUCUGCCCCCGUCCCCGCUGUGAACGUGCCACUGAAUAAAGUCGGGGAAAUGAG